GGCGAGCGGGCGGACCCAGCGGCGGCGGCGGCAGUCUCCGGAGCGUCCCUGUGAAGAAGCGUCCCUGUCUGCGCUGCCGUGGGCCUUUCGGGGAGGCCGGGCGGGAGGCAAGCCACCGCGGAACCGCUCCCCUAGCGCCACAGCCCUUCGGACUCUCGGUCCCAGCCUCGCGCUCCUGCUCCGGCUCCUCCAUCUUGGCCUCGGCAGUGACUGCUGCGGGGAGGAUGUGCCGCCUCCUGGCAGGGGGAAGAAGGAGGAGAAGAUGAAGAAGUACCGGCGGGCCUUGGCCCUGGUCUCCUGCCUUUCUCUCUGCUCGCUAGUCUGGCUUCCUAGUUGGCAUGUGUGCUGUAAAGAGAGUUCUUCAGCUUCAGCAUCGUAUUAUCCUCAAGACGACAAUUGUGCAUUAGAAAGUGAAGACGCACAGUCCCAGAAAAAGGAUGAAAGAAAGGAACCUAGUAAUGCUGAAUUAUCAGGAAAAUUGAAUUCAUAUUUACCUAUCCUUCCAGAAGAAAAUAAAUUAAAAGAUGACUACACUGUGGAUGUACAAAACGUGGAAACAACAAAGUCAAGUCUACCUGUGGUUGACUCACUCCCUACGGUUGAUUUACAUGAAGAUUCUUCCAGUGUAGUUGUGGGCAGUGAAGACAUUGAAAAUAGCUCCAGCUCAUCUACCUCAGAAACGACUCCAGUCUCAAAGCUUGAUGAAAUAGAAAAAUCUGGUACUUUAUCUCUAGCCAAGCCUAGUGAAACGGAGCAGACUGAAGUUGACUGUGAUGCUGGUGAGGCUCCUGAUGCAAUUGCUCCAGUUGAACAGCCUGCUUUUGUCAGUCCUCCUGAAAGCCUCGUUGGCCAGCAUAUAGAAAAUGUGUCAUCUUCACAUGGCAAAGAAAAAAUAACAAAAUCAGAAUUCGAAUCAAAAGUUUCGGUGAGUGAACAAGAUGGCAAUGAUCCAAAGUCUGUGUUGAAUGCUUCAGUUACUGUAAAAAAUGAGAGCUCUGAUUAUACAAAGUUGGGAGAAACUGACCCUGCACCUGUCACAGGUCCCAAAGAUCCAGAAGAUAUACCAACAUUUGAUGAGUGGAAGAAGAAAGUUAUGGAAGUAGAAAAAGAAAAAAGUCAGUCGUUGCAUCCAUCUUCUAAUGGAGGUCCACAUGCUACCAAAAAGGUCCAGAAAAAUAGAAAUAAUUAUGCCUCAGUAGAAUGUGGCGCUAAAAUUUUGGCAGCUAAUCCGGAAGCCAAGAGCACAUCUGCUAUUCUUAUAGAAAAUAUGGACCUUUAUAUGUUGAAUCCUUGCAGCACUAAAAUUUGGUUUGUUAUUGAACUUUGUGAGCCAAUUCAGGUCAAACAGUUUGAUAUUGCAAAUUAUGAAUUAUUUUCUUCUACUCCCAAAGACUUUCUGGUUUCUAUCAGUGACAGAUAUCCCACAAAUAAAUGGAUCAAGCUGGGCACUUUCCAUGGUAGAGAUGAGAGGAAUGUCCAGAGUUUCCCUUUGGAUGAACAGAUGUAUGCAAAAUAUGUGAAGAUGUUCAUCAAGUACAUAAAGGUGGAGUUAGUAUCGCAUUUUGGAUCAGAGCACUUUUGUCCUUUAAGCCUAAUAAGGGUUUUCGGUACUAGCAUGGUAGAAGAAUAUGAAGAAAUUGCUGACUCCCAGUAUCAGUCAGAACGUCAAGAACUAUUUGAUGAGGACUAUGAUUAUCCACUGGAUUAUAAUACUGUGGAGGAUAAAUCUUCAAAAAAUCUUCUUGGUUCUGCUACAAAUGCCAUUCUAAAUAUGGUGAAUAUUGCUGCUAAUAUUCUGGGAGCAAAAACUGAAGACUUGACAGAAGGAAAUAAAAGUAUAUCUGAGAAUGCCACUGCCACAACUGCACCUAAAAUGCCUGAAUCAACUCGUGUUUCAACUCCUGUUCCAUCACCUGAAUAUGUAACCAAUGAAGUCCAUACACAGGACACAGAACCAUCAACCUCAGAUACUCCAAAAGAAAGUCCUAUUGUCCAGCUGGUUCAGGAGGAAGAAGAGGAAGCAAGUCCAUCCACGGUGACCCUUUUGGGCAGCGGUGAACAAGAGGAUGAGUCAUCAUCCUGGUUUGAAUCUGAGACACAAAUACUUUGUAGUGAACUGACGUCAAUUUGUUGCAUUUCUAGUUUUUCGGAGUACAUUUAUAAAUGGUGCUCAUUUAGAAUUGCUUUUUAUCGACAACGCAGCAGAACUGUUAUGAGUAAAGGAAAAGAUUUUGUGCCAGUUCAGCCAUCGUUACUACUUCCAGUCGAAUCAGUAGAGGUUUCAGUAUUGCAGCCUGCCAGUGGAGAUGUGGACAAUGAGAACAUGGAAAGAGAAGCUGAAACUGUUGUUCUUGAUGACUUAAGUAGUGUGCACCAAAGUGAUUUGAUAAAUCACACAGUGGAUGCAAUUGAAAUUGAACCAAGCCAUCCUCAAACUCUUUCUCAGUCUCCUCUCUUAGAUAUUACUCCAGAAAUCAAUUCACUGUCUAAAGUAGAAGGAUCUGAGUCUGUUAAAUAUGAGGGAGGACAUACACCAUUACAAGUAAUGCCCCAAGAGAGUUCUGUUGAGUCUGAUGAUGAAACGGAAAAAAAGCCUGAGAGCUUUAGUUCUGUAGAGAAGCCUUCUGUUAUUUAUGAAACAAGUAAAGUUAAUGAGUUAGUGGACAGUACUGUGAAAGAAGACAUAUCCUCCACAGAAGUUGUCAUCAGGGUCUCUGAAACAAUACCACUACCUAUAAGCACAGCCACUGUGCCAGACACUGAAGACGGGGAAGCCAAAAUGAGUAUAGCUGAUACACCAAAGCAAAUAGUGACUCCGGUUAUGGACCCUUCAUUGCCUGAAGGAAAAGAGGACGAUCAAUCUCCAGAAGAUGCCCUUUUAAGAGGGUUACAAAGGACAGCUACAGAUUUCUAUGCUGAAUUACAAAAUUCUACAGAUCUGGGAUAUGGUAAUGGGAAUCUCGUACAUGGAUCAAAUCAGAAGGAGUCAGUAUUUAUGAGACUUAAUAAUCGUAUUAAAGCCUUAGAAGUUAACAUGUCUCUCAGUGGUCGCUAUCUGGAGGAACUUAGUCAAAGGUACCGAAAACAAAUGGAAGAAAUGCAGAAAGCUUUCAAUAAAACAAUAGUAAAGCUUCAGAAUACUUCAAGAAUAGCAGAAGAACAGGAUCAGCGACAAACUGAAGCCAUCCAUUUGCUACAGGCACAACUGACCAACAUGACACAGCUUGUUUCAAACUUAUCAGCAACUGUAGCAGAAUUAAAACGGGAGGUUUCAGAUCGACAGAGUUACCUUGUUAUGUCUUUGAUUUUAUGUGUUGUCUUGGGACUGAUGCUCUGUAUGCAACGUUGUCGAAACACUUCUCAUUUUGAUGGGGAUUACAUUUCAAAACUCCCAAAAAGUAAUCAGUAUCCAAGCCCUAAAAGGUGUUUCUCUUCCUAUGAUGACAUGAAUUUGAAAAGAAGAACAUCGUUUCCCCUCAUCAGAUCGAAGUCUCUGCAGUUUACUAGCAAAGAAGAAAGGGAUGUUUGAGAAAGUUCAGCAGCUAUGGAAAACCUGAAUGCUCAAUGUGCUCCCAUAGCAUCCUGUGCUUUUCUGCCUCCUCUUCUUGUGCAGGUAGGACCCUUUUUGUCUCUAGUUUAGGACUUUUGAGGCACUUUCAUUGUCCCAGAGUUUAUAAUUGGGUUUCAUUCAAGACAUGCUAACAUUUGGGUGAACAGAUGAAUACUGAAUAUUUAUUUUCCUGUUUUAUUUUCUUUGUAACUAGUACUUAAGAAACUUAACAAUUUAUCCAUAUAGAAAAGGUAAAAUAACCAGUUGUUUAUAUAUUUCAUUUAGGGGUGCUUUCUGUAUAACAGCUGUUCUCCCUUUCCUUAGGAUUUUAGUUAUUGAUCAGAAUGUUAACAUUCUUAUGUCUUGCAAAUAAUCACUCCUGAGCCUGACUAGUGUAAGCUUUCUGUACUUAAUCCACUCCAUGUGCAAGCUUAGAUAAUUUUUACAAACUCAGUAUGCCUGUGUAAUCCAUAUCCUAAUUAAAAAAUGGAGUGUAUUCUUAACACCUCUAAAAUACUUUGUGCAUUUUCCCCUCCCAGUAUAGCCAGUAUUUUAACACCUAAUUGUUGUGAGUCACCAUACUGUCUAAUAUAGUUUAUUCAUUCUAAUUCUAGUACAGCAUUCCACUGUACAGAUGCUGCCCAUUAACACAUUUACCUUUGGACUGUUUUCAUUUCGAGAUUAUUACAUGUCUUUAAGUCAACACAUACAUGCAUCUGCCAACAGAAAUGGAAGUAGGAGGGCUGGAUCAUAGCAUACGUGUCAGCUUUAGUAAAUAUCAACACAUGGGUUUCUGAAUGUUCUAUGGAUGAUGUCCCAUCAGCUUUGAAUGACUUCUUCCCAGCUUUUUCAGUUGUUCCACAUUCUAGUAAUCACUUAAUAAUUUGGGUCUUGUAGUCAUUCUGAUUGGUGUGCAUGCAUUUUGUAAUUGAGCUAGAUUCAUGCAUUUGGAAGAUAAAUUUGUUUUCAUCAGUUCUAGUCCUAUUUCAGAUUAAGUGAACUAAUAUAUUUUAUUAUUUAAAGACAAAUAGAAUAUGCUUUGUUCCUGAUAACAGAAUUGCUUCUGUUUUAAACAGUGAUGUAAUCUUGACGUAUCCUUGCUUCUAAAGAAAGUUGAGGACAAUAGGCAGGAAGGAACUGACUUUAGUCCUGAUUCUGUUAUUCAUUUCUUUAUUUUUCUUCAGUUAAAACUCUUGGGGCAUUUAUUUAGUCUGCCUUGAAUUUUUCCAUUUUGUACGUAUUUUCACUUCUUAGCUUAGAAGGAAGGAACCAUGUCAAAUUGUGUGUUUUUUUUUUAAGCAACAACAUAAAAUGUAUCAUUUUAACCAUGUUUUAAGUAUGAAAUCCAGUAAUAAGUUCACAUUUUUGUCAAACUGAUCUUCAGAAUAUUUUUAUCUUAGAAAUCAGAAAAUUGUGUCUGUUGUCUAUAAAUAACUCAGUGUCCCCUCUACCUGACCUAAAUACUGUUGUAGUUUAUGUUCCUUUUCAUUUAAAUACUUAAAUACUCCAUAUUCAUGGUGCUGUCUUGGUUUUUCUGCACAUAGUUUAUUUUAUAUAGCAUACCUUCAGGGUACAUCCAUGUUGUAGUAUGUAAUAAGAUCUUUUUAAAGCUGAAUAAUUGUCUACUUUGUGUAUAUACCACGUUUUCUUUCCAUUUUUUUUCCCGUUUCAUUAGUGUAUGCACUCAUGAAUGCAUACAUGUGAAGGGCAGAGGACAACUUUGAGAGUCAGUUCUCUCCUCUGCCAUGGACUUGUGGAUCCUAGAAAUCAAGCUCAGGUUGUCAGCCUUGGUUCGGGUGCCUUUCUUUACCCAGUAAGCCAUCUCAUCAGCCUCUUGUCUUCUGAUGAAGAUAACUGUAGCUUUCUGUUUUUGUUGUUUUAAGUAAUGCUCCUUGCUAUGAGCAUGCCUGUACAAAUGUUCUUUGAUUAGCUUUGACAAUUCUACAGUCAGUUUGUCUGGAUAUAUAACUGCAAUGGGAUAGCUAGAUCAUGUGACAGUAUUUUUCAUUUCUUUUUGGGUAAUCUCCAUACUUUCCAUAGUUACUGUACUCUACCCAAGCAAUACUGUUCCAUUGUUUCCAUAUUCUCAUACAUGUUAUUUUUUUUGUUUUUUUUUCUAAUAAUAGCUUUCUAAUAUAUGUGGGAUAUAUUACUGUUCUUUGAUUAGCAUUUCUCUAAUUCAUUAUAUGUGCUUGUAUAUAUAUAUAAACACAAACAUAAACAUAAACACAAACACUUGCAUAUAAAUGUAAGUGUCAUAUAUUAUUUAAAAAUAUUUUCUCCCUUUCUGCACAUAGCUUUUAUCCUAUCCAUUUUGUUUUUAUUGUCAGUGUCCUAACUAGGAAAUCUUUAUGAAGACCUGAAUCCUAAAACUUUUAUGUUUUUUUUCCCCUUAGGUUUAUAGGCUUAGGUCUUUAUUCUACUUGGUGUUGAUUUUUGUGUAUGACAUAAGGGUCCUUUUCCCUCUGCUCAAUUUGCUGACUAAAUUACCCAUUUCUCACUGAUAGUAGUCUAAGAACCUUCUCAAAAAUCACUAGACUAUAUGCCUCCAUACUGUGAUGCCCUGUUGUUAAAUGUGUAUGCACUUAUGACCAGUAUGUCUUCUUGGAAUCAUUAUGUAAUUUUUAUUUCAAGGUCAAAAGUCUGCUUUGUCUCAAAUGAAUGUAGCUGCUCUUUAUUUUGUAUUUAAAUUGUAUUUUUUAGUGGUAAUAGUUGGAUCUCAUUACCUGAUUGACUGGCAGUCUCCGUUGAUCAGUUUCUUUAGACCAUUGAUUUUAAAGAUGGUUUUGACUUAGUUAGAACAUUACCAUAUUAUUGUUUUCCGUUUAAGUUUGUUUGUAUUUUUGUCCUCUAUAUUAUUUCUACUGUUUUUGGUUAUAAUUGAGCAUUGUGCCUGAUUCUUUUUGUUAGCAGAUCCAGCAUAAUUCUUCAUAGAGUUACUUUAAUGAUUGCUUGUUUACAGUAUACAUUUACAACUAACCCACCUCCACUUUUCAAAUAAAGCCAUACCCUUCCACAGGUAUGGUGAUAGCACCAAAGUAAUACUAAAUCCUGCCUCCUAUCACUUGCAUUAUUAUCAUUCAUUCCAUUUAUACAUAUACAUACUUACACACACACACAAAAUCAUAUUGGUAUUAAUUUUAACAUAAUUAUCUGUUAACCAGGUAAAGAUGAGAAAAAAUGAGUUUUUCUUAUUAUUUCAUUCUAAACUAUUACUAUUUCUUGCAAAGCAGGUCUGUGGGUUCCUUCAGUUUUGCUUAUGAAGGUCUGUUUUUUCUCUUUUGAAGAAUGCAUAAGCAAGAUAAGAACUACAUCUGAUAUUUUUCCUCAAAAAACAGAAUUUCAUUAUUUCACAUCUUACUGAUUCAGGUGUUGCUUCUCUCUCUUUCUUUCUUUCUUUCUUUCUUUCUUUCUUUCUUUCUUUCUUUCUUUUUUUCUUUCUUUCUUUCUUUCCAAUAAGCUUCUCUUUCAUCCUGUUGAGAUAUGCCAUAGUUAGAGACCAUAGGCUUCCUUUUUAGUUAGUAGAGUUACAUGGGUAUGCAAUUUUCUUUGUAAGAGUAGUUUAGGGUGUUUAGCUUAAGUUGUGGUGAUGAAUUUUUCUGGUACUGUUAAAUCACAAUUCCAAGAAUGUGACCAUUUUCUAAGUAUGCAUUAGCACACAUUUAGAACAUUAGGUGUUGUGGUGGCUUAGUGUACUCUCCAUCAUCAUCACUGUGAGGAGGCUUUUUCUUAGGAUGCAGUGGAUAUUCAGUUCCCUAUUAUAACACUUAGGUUGAAAAUUGUUUACAGUCAUUGUUCUUUAUAGGUCAUUUCAGAAAGGUACAAGUAUUUCCUGUCGAAAGGAACAUUUCUAUCUCUUUCUGAACCAAUAUAAUGAUCUUGUUUAUUAACAAGCAAGUCCCUGUUUAUUAUGCUCAGUUUUGUUUUACAUUAGUUCUAGUUUUUCUGCUUAAUUCUAACUCAUGACAUUAAAUUUCGUAUUGUUUAUUGAAAUUUGCCUGCAUAUUUCAUUUCAUUUGUCAUUAGAUCUCUAACCCUCUAAAAUACCUUUUCCUUUUUUUUUUUUUUUUUUUUUUAAAGACUGGAUGUCUCUAUGUAGUUCUGGCUAUAAGGUCUGCCUGCUACCAUACCCCUUAAACUACUAUUUUAAUUUUUCUUUAAUCCUAUGUUAGAUUUGUUGAGUUCUUUAGAUCUCUACAUAGAUAUUUUUUGAGUAAUGGACAAUUAUCAGCUAUGGUUUUUCCCCCUACGUAAUUACUUAUUCCUCAGUGUCUUAAGUCUCCAAUUUCAUUAAUGUAUUAAUCCAUCCCUCUGUAUUCUUUUUAUUUUGUAAAUUUUGUCAUUUUUAUUUUUAAGAUUUAUUUUACAAUGAAGUAUGUGUGGCUGUAUGACUGCAAAUGCAGUUCCCUUGGAGGCCAGUGAUCCCCAGAGCUGUGAGCUUCUGACAUGGGCGCUUAACCAAACUCAGGUCCUCUACAAGAGUAGUACAUGCUCAUAAUCCAGCCCCUUUUUGCUUCCUUAUGAUACAUUUUUCAUGAUUAUUUCUUUUCCUAAUCCAUUUUCUAAGUUACAGUCUACAGCUAUAUCUAAUCUGUUACUAAAUUCAUCCAUUGAGUUUUAAAUUUUAUUUACCACAUUGUCUAUUCCAAGAAAUCUUUGUGUUUUGUUAAAAAGCCUUGUUUGAGUUUCUUGGUGUGUGUGUAUGUGUUUCUUGAGAUACUUUCCAGCUUUUUAAUAUUUAGAUACAUUUAAGUACAAUGUCUUUAUAGCCCACAUUGGAAAUCAGGCACAUUUAGGGUGGUAUGGGCUUUAGAUGAUACUAGUCUGUGGUCAUCCUGGUAUCCUAAAUAUUUACAAAUCUUCAUUUAUUUGUGUUUAUAGGCCCUUGCUUACAGUGUACUAUGUCUUUGUGUGCUUGUUCAUUUUUGUGUGCUUUUCCAUUUUGAAAAUUAUUUGUAGGUCUAAUCUAAGAAUUAGGUUGUGGUGUCCUUGGCAGGUAUUCAGUGGUGUUAGCUUUGCUUUUUUCCCUUUUCCCACCACAUUUGUUUACAGUGUGGAAGUCAUUCUAACAACAGGAUUCCUAGAGGAAGACAUCGUGAUGUUUUUAAAAAGUAACUGGAGAUUAAUGGCUUGAUAGGGAUGGCUAUUUAGAGGAAUAUUUGUAUGCUUUGAUGUUUUUAAUGGCUUUUUUAAGAGUCUUUGAGGAAUAAUUAUAAUGCAAAUUGUCACUGAUUGGAUCAUGUUAUUAAUAUGUUUCAAGUAUGUGUAACUUAAUGAUAAAUUUGCUGUUUACUAAAUUAGUCUGUGUCAGACUGUGAGUUGUUGAAUAGGGCUAAAGUUCCAUAGCUCUGAUGAGAGGUUUGUUGUAGGGAGGGAUAGGAGUGUCCUGAGUAACAGAAUUGUUUAAACAAAGAGAUAAAUCAUCUAAUGUACUCAUCAUGUCAGAAUGUUUUUUCAUGAGUAUGUGGUCACAUAUACUACAUGUUCAAACUGUUACUGUAUUUUAGAGUUAAUAAUUUUAAUCAGAACUAUAAAAGGUUAGAAAAAAGCAUUCCCGAAUCUCUCUUUAUAUUCUUCUAAUUGGCAUCUAUAUGUGAUUCCAAAUGCUUGACAUAUAUCAUUAAUGCAUCUUUCUGACUCCAUCUUUUAGGAAUUACCUGUAGGCUUUGUAUUGGCUUGCCCAGUAAUGUUAUUGUUUUCAUCAUGUGGGGAAUGGAUCUGAUUCAAGAAAGGGACCCUUCCUGUAUCAAUUGAUGACUGUUAAUUUGGAAUAUAAAAUGGAAAAUUUUUGAAUGUUGGUUGUCUUCAGGAUUGAUGACCAGCCUUCAAAUAACUGACCAAAUUCAGAGCCCACCUUGCCCAUUCUGGCUUACUAAUUUUCAACAUAGAAAUAUGGUUAUCCUGUCCUGAUACCUGUCAUCCAUUUCAUUAAUAAAAUAAUCACUCAUGUUGUUUUGGGUGUUUAGUCAUAGCAUAAUACACUUUUCAUUUUACACCCCCUUUCUUACUUACAGUAGACCCAAAUGAUUUGUACAUCGUAGAACCCCUCAAGUUCUCUCCAGAGAAAAAG